AUGCAGUCCCUUGUUUCAACGGAAGAGAAAACACGCCCGGAGGAGGUGUGUGCGAGUGAGUGCCAAUGGUUGUUGCACGGAACCGGUGGGCGUGGGCAACUCGGGGGCACUCCUCCCGUCGGAAGGGCGGGCAGCAGAGAUCCCGAAGGAAUUCCCUCGAGGAAGGAGAAAACCCCCGAGAACAAGGCGAACUACGAGGAGUUCGAGCUGCCGACUGCUGAGCAAGGGUUUCGAGAGGACCGACUAGAUGCAUUACUACCAGAAAGAGAAGAAGUGCCUCUGAGGAAAAUAGAUCAUUAUAUACAACCAGAAUGUCCUUGUUGCAGCAUCACCAAACGCUACACCAUGGCGAUUCUCGUCAUGAUAGGUUUUUUGAUAUCCUUCGGAAUUCGAAGCAACAUCGGAAUCGCGAUCGUUCGGAUGACCAAAGGCAAAGAUGGAAAGAAAGGAGAAAUAGAUUGGGACAGGAAUACGAUAGGAAACGUGGAAAGUGCUUUUUUCUACGGCUACAUGGUCACUCAGAUUCCAGGUGGUUUGAUAGCUUCGAAGUAUCCAGCAAGCAAAUUGUUUGGCGCGGCGAUUGCCCUUUCUGCCAUUUUGAAUGCCUUUUUUCCAAUCACAUCUAAGGCGAACUCACAGAUCACCAUCUUUGUC